AUGAGUUACCUGACGGUGGACCGACAAGUGUCGGGCACGGACAAGUCUGGAGACGAUGGGAACAGCGAUGAUCUUGAGGUAGACAACUCUAAAAGUGUGUUGCUGAAGAUAGCUAAUCUAUAUGCGGAGCAAUUGAUGAGUGACCUUACACUGGAAGUUGGGGGAGUUGGUUACCCUGCACACCGGCUUAUACUGUGUGCUAGCAGUGAGGUGUUUCAGGUGAUGUUGAUGAACCGUGAGUGGAGUGAAUGGCGCGAGAGCCGCAUCGUGCUGCAGGAGACGCCUACAGCUGCGUCUGUGUUCCCACACUUCUUGAAGUACUUCUACACAGGCCAGAUUCGGAUAUCGCAUCAGACAGUAUUGCCAGUUCUAUCGCUAGCUGACAAGUACAAUGUUAGGGAUUUAGUGACACUCUGCCUUAGCUAUAUGACACAGCAUAUCGCGCAAGCGGCGAAGCUUGGCCAGCUUAUCGCCUGGAUGCAGUACACCAUGGCGUGUGGACAUUACGAAGUCGCCAAAGCGUGUCAGAACUUUGUUAAGUGGAAUCUGGAGUGGGUAUGGGCGGAGGGCGGAAGUGGGGAGGGCGUGGACGCAGAGCUGGCGGAACUGGAAGGGGAGACUCUGGUGCAGCUGUUGCAGCAGUCUGACGUGGUGCUUCACAACGAGAUGACGCUAUACCACUUUGUGGUACGGUGGCUGAACAAACAACGCGAGAGAUUAGACACAAGUGAUCUUAACGAAGCCGAGAAGAAAACGCAUUGGGAAUCGCUUGUCGCUGCUGUCUUUUCACAUGUCAGGUUUCCGAUGAUGUGUCCAAACCAGCUCGCGAAACUAUUGCUUUGCCCGUUGACACAGGAACACAAAGAUUUCUUCAUGGAACGAAUGGCGAUUGCUAUGAGCUAUCAAUCAGGUCAAUUCGAACGCGUAGCUGAAAUCCAAAAGACGGAAGCAGGACGAAUGCUGUUCACACCGCGACUGUACACGGAAGACACGUGGGGUUCGGUACUGGCCGUGGACAACUUCCACUCGCUACCGUGUUACCACACGAGGACGUUCAUUUUCUCGACUCGCAGCUCUUUGGCGGACUCAGCGUCGCAAGACAGGCACUCGGAAUGGACUAUUGAUUUGUACCCAAAAGGAGUUUGGUUUAGAAAAAGUUUACUUAUUGUUUGGGCUGGUACUUAUGAUGUACCAGAAGUAGUAUUACGCACUGUGCGGAUAUCGAUCACCUGCCAGAACUGCCCGGAGUCCACCGUCAACCAGUACGGCGAGUGCGAACAGCCAGAACCUGACGUCAGAGUUAAGAUUGGUAUUCUGGUGUGGGGUGUGCAAAAGGGUGUGGAACAUGUAUCAUCAGUCGUUGAAAGAGUGCAUCGGUUUUCCUCACAGAAUCGAGUACUGAACAUCGACGGCGCUUUGGACUUCGACGAGCUGAACACGCCGUUGUACACUCCGGCGUCGUCGUCGUGCACCAGUUCCGGCCAGCUGCGCGCUCGAUCUCCGUCGCCAGCAGCGGCUGCUGCACCAGCCAAGAACAACGGACGAUGUCCGAAGUGCACAGACAGCUGCGAUGCUCCAGAGCCUCGUCAUUUAUUAGGACCUAAUCGAGACCAACUUCGGAUACAAGUUGUGAUUAUACCACUAACAGACUACAGUCACGUGGGUGCUCCGGAUGGCACGCACGUAUGACCGCCACCACUCCGCAAUGUUCAUGCGGAGAACGGUGAACGCUCCGUCCAAACGGGGAACAACGGAGCGACACAGUUGGAAUAGAGUUAAUAGACUUAUACCUUGUGUUAUUAGCACUAAGGUAGUGCAGGGGCUGACGCCAACAGAGUAUAAGAAUUUGUAUGAAUAAUUCCUUAAAAAAAAUGUUAAUGGAACGGUAAAUUAAUAAAAAUUGUGAGUACAAUUAGGAGAAUAGAUAAUCAUAUUGAAAUUUAUAGAAUGUAAAUGGGGCUUUGGGAUUGGUCGUCCGCACGAAUAAGGCUCAAUUUUUCUUUGAAACCAUGGCACUUUUCGUGAAUUGUGUAACGUACAAAUUAUACUCCUUCUUUAGCAUUACUCAGAACCAUGGAUCAAUAAUUCCAGAGGACUGUCAAUCUCCGUUCAACAGAUCGUAACUUCGAAAAAGGUCAACAUUCCGUCUUAUAUAUAUAUUUAAUAUUAGAUAACAUUACAUACGUUGCUCUGAUCCCAAAGUAAGUAGCUAAGGCACCUGUGUUAUGGAAAUCGGAAGCAACGACGGUACCACAAACACCCAGGACCAGAGACAAUAUAGAGAAAUUAGUUUCUACGCUGACCCGGCCGGGGAUCGAAUCCGGGACCUCAGAGAUGGCGACACCAUGAAAACCGGUGUGUCACGCGACCACGGAGGCCCUUAUAAAAGGCUCAUUGAAACCCGGCGCCACAAUCAAUUAUGGCUGUGGCUUAUCCAGAAUGAAGUCCUUUUGCGUACGCUACAACGUCAGUUUUGUCUUAUUUUAUGUUGUUUUUAUUUUAUUUUUUAUUUUGUUUAUUAAUUCUUUUUAUUUUGUUUUGCUUGUCUGUGUUAUAAUUUUUUUUGUAUCUAUGUGUUGUGGCGUUGCAAUCAGUGGCGGAUUUGCCCUAAGGAUUUGUCCAGUAGGCCCGGGGCUAGGGCGGCCAGAUUUUGGGAGCGUACCUAAAUAUUCUAAAGGCUCACGUAUGCAGGUUCAUUCUGGCGGGCCGCACUGCACCGCAUCGUAUGACAGUAAUCUUCCUAAAUCACUUUCGUACAUUUUAUGUAUAAAAUAUAGAUAUGUUAAAUAUCUAUAAUGUAAUGUAUAAUCACUACGUCUGUCUGUCUGAUCGCGAUAAACUCAAAAACUACUUAACGGAUGCUGGUACUGACCGAAUCCGCCACUGGUUGCAAUAAAUGUCUAUUAUAUUCUAUUCUAUUCAAUAGCCUGGUAGUGGUUUAUAUUAUGUAAAUGGGCGUGGAUAUUAAUUAAUUCCUCUUUAAUAUAAAAUAAGAAGUUUCC